CCGACGCAUAGUAAAUGACGCGAUGCAUCAUUGACGCCAUGCCUUGAUGUUUUUUUAUGCCAAUAAAUGAAGCGUUCGCGAAAUAUUUUCCAAAAUCGGACCUUAACAUUGACUGAUAUUACCUAUUAUGCAUCAAAAUUUGCAGUAUAUUUCAUCAAAACGCACAGUGAGGAGUGGUUGUCGUUGCAAUGCCCGAAAAUGUAAUCAUUCCUGCUUGUAAAUGGUUUCAACCGAUUUAUGUUUAGCAACAUUUCGAAGAUGUUCGGCAGUAAGUUACGAGCCUGGAUGGAGGCAGUCCGGCCUAAAAAGAAACAGCAUCGAAAAGAGAAGCAAGGAAAGAAUGCACCACCCACAAAUAACCGACCUAAUACUAGUACCAGUACGCACACUGUAACUUGGAAAAAUAGUUGCUUACUAGAUAGUGAACGAAAGGAUGUAAACAGGGAGCCACAAAAUAGUAGUAGCGACAAAACUAAAGAAAAACAUAAUGGAGUAGAAGCACAAGUAUCCAGAUACUCGGCCAACAAUUUGUCGUCUCCAGAAUCCGCCUAUUCUACUGGCUACAGUACGGAUGGUACUUCUCCAGGAGGAGCACCACCAAACUAUUCCAUUACUGAUAAAAAAUUGACAGAAAGUUCCUUGAAAACUAGACUGAAUCCAGAGUUAAAUAAGCAGGCACCUUCUUCAUCAAAGGUCAUAUAUCAAAACCCGGCCGAUCAAGCACCAGCAUUAUCAUCAGUGUCGAUACAAGGGAAAUUAAUUGAUAGGCCAAGCUUAGAAGAAAAAGCACCAUGUAGCAAUGCGGCUGCAUCCUCAACACUUUUUGGAAAACUUCCCGAACCAUCUGGCUUAGUUUCACCAAGACAAAGAAAUAGAAUUAGAACAAAUCCUUGGCUUCCAGGUGGUUCAGCUAGUACUGUGGCCAGCCCCAUUCCUGCCAGACAAGAAGUAAAAGGCACUCCAAUAGGUUUCCGAAAAAGUAGAAAUAGUCCUAUUCAAUACCGAUACUUGAGCCCUGCCUUGCAAAGAAGAUCUCUGUCUUCAUCUUCAUGUUCUUCAAUUAGUGCAGGUCCAAAUCAUUCUUUUGAACAUCGAGUGCCCAAAUCACUAAGUGAUGAAGAUGACUGCACAUUAAAUGAAAUGAUGGGCAAGUACGAUGAAAGUUACAUUUAUGAAAAGGAAACAGAUAUACUGAGUGAUAGCGACCCUACAGAUUGCGAAAGCGACAUCGACACAGGGCAAGAUGGAGGCGAUGAAGAAGAUAAUGGUGAAGAAGAAUUGGAUUUUAUUGACAAUGGUUCCUAUGUAGAAAUAGAAAGUAAGGCGGACAAUACAGGACAUUGCAUGUAUAUCAUUCCACCUGACAUGCAAAGGAAGAGGUCGUCUAGAAGGCGAGCCACAAGAAGGGGUAAAGAAGUGACUGAUCGUCGACGCAAAUUGGCCUCAAGUAAGAAGAAUUGUAAACAAUUGCUGGAAAAAAACAGGCAUUCAAGUUUUCAUCAAGACGGAUCUAAAAGUGCCGGAGCAACACCAAUAUCAAUACGUAAGUCCAAUCCGGAAUCAAACCAGCCCAAGAGUCAGAGUGAUUCGUUAAAAAAGCGAUCAAACUCAGUUUGCCUCCAACGAGACGUAAAUGUUUUAAUUGAAAAACGAGAUAGGGAAGCUGAUAUGAAAUAUCAAGAGUUGAUUGGCCAAGCUGAGCAAAUAAUUCGAACAAUGAAUAUCAAUGGUCUCUCACCCAGAAGACUUCCAGGGCCUACAAAUAAAAGAGUAGAAUUGUUAAGAACAACGGAAUGUGCCAAACCAGAAGUGCUUUUUAUGGGCAAACCUAACGAGGAGCCUUCAAUACCAUGUUCUAAUAUUUCUCCGUCCACGAUAAUUUUUAAAAAUACUCGAUUUAGUCCUAAGAAAAACCAUAUUACAAACUUCAUCAUAAAUAAUUCGCCAGUGUUGGUACGAAAGGAAAUGCAAUCGCAAUCCCCCAUAUCUGUUCGAAGAACCUUAACAGAUUAUGGGCAUUACUCACCUCUAGUGAUACGGAAAGAGGCAAAUCAAUUGAGCGAAGAUGUCUAUAAACACAGUCAAAUGUUAGGAAAUAAUCCGACUGUACCUGUAAAUGUGCCAUCAAAGCCCACAAAAGAACACCACGAGGUUACUUUUGGAUUUCCCAUUAGUUCCAGAAAGAGCCAUAAAGUAAAAAGCAUUUUACACAAAAAUGACCCAGCUUCAAUCUUGUCUAGUCCUAGGCAUCGAAGGGAGACCGAAUGUCCGAUUGCGAGCAGUAGCUCAGAAGAUGAGAGCUUACAAAAGUAUAAAAAAAAGUUAUCCAAAAGUUGCCCCCAAAGUGAGCCGAUGCGACGGAAAGUUUACUUUGGUCGGAACACUAUUAAUAUAACUAAAUGUCAUGGUAAAACGGUCGCUUUUAAUUUAAGCAAACAUGUGCCAAAUGGAGCAUUUGAAGAAAAAGUUCUAAGUUCAGAGAAUUUAAGACAUCAGGUUUUACUUAAUACAAUUCAGAGCUUAAAGAGGAAUUUGGAGGAUCACUCGGCAUCUCUUCAGCAAACUUACCGAAGCACUCAGAACGUGUAUAAAUAUUAACUCAGCCGUAAACGCUAUGUAUACUUAAUAUCCACAAAUGUACCUAUGGUAAUUCAUAUUAUAGCGAAUAUAUUUUUAUGUUUAACUCGUUGAAGAGUGGUUUUACACUAGCAUUUAAAAGUGAUUGAAACCCAUGGACGUCUCUGACUCCUGCUAUUGGAACGUUGAGUGACUAACAUCUUGAUCUCGAGUUUUGAGCGAUGUUAUCUAAUAAGAGUGAUACGAGGGCCUUAAGUAUCGUAAGGGUAAACUAUACACCAACGCAGAAUUACAAUAUUAGACAUCUUGUAUUGGUAGUCGUUUAAAAAUUGCAAGCCCAGUAGUCUUCCUACUCAGAAAAAACCUAUUAAAUUCCCUAGAAUUUUGUUUCUAGAAAAUAUCGUCCAGUUCUUUUCUGAUUAUACUCAUGAUACGACAAUGAUCGAUAUAUUUAUAAACAUUUAGACAUGAUUUGUAGUACUAUAAUCCAUCCGUAGAAUUCUGUAGUCUAGUAGUGCAUCUGAAAAUCUUAGACGUAGUCAUCAUAAAUGCCCAGUCUCGGAAAGAUAGUUUUAUAUCAUUAUUAGACGUUAGAUGAUGUAUUAAAAGUUGAUGUUUUGGUAUCGUUACACGACAAGUGUUUGUUAUUCGAUGUUUUUGUUUCUACGUUAUUAUUUAGUGUAGGAAUGGUUAGAGCAAUUUGGCAGGGAAACGAUGAGAUUAACCCGAGCAGAAUGGAAAUGAAGGAGCAAUACUUGAAAGCCACAGGCUUAUUCUAAUUACUGAAUUAUUUACAAAUUCAAGUCUCGUUAUUCUGUCGUUUUUUUGUUAGUGUCAGUUGUUAUUUUAGAAUAUAGCCUAGUAGACAAUUUAUAUUAAGAAAUAAUGUCUGAAAACGUAGGUCCUGCUGAUGGAUACAAUAAGUCCAUUUCAAAUGUGUUGUAAUAUUAAUGUCUCAAACACUUCACUAGAAAUGCCCUUUGAAUUGGGGCGAUUUCAUCGGAAAUGUCUAGCUAUAGCGCAAUUGUGCGGAAAUUGUGCCGCUCUAUUUAUUUCAUUCUAACGACAUGAAAUUGUAUACAUUUGAAAACAAUCACUCCAAAACUAGUGUACCUGUUUGUUAUAAAAUUCGCUUGAAAAUGUUGAUACUGUUGAAACGCAUAUAUAAGUAAAUGUGUGAAUUAUCUAAAACACUAACUGUUUGAUCUGCAUUUGAUUUGUAACCGCAAGCAAAACCAAAAUUUUUAUUUGCUAAAUUAUUAAUAACUAAAAAUUGUCUUUGGUUGGUUAAUGCAGGGGACAUUUUGCGACACUUUCUCGGUAGUUAAUACUUUCUCAGUAGUUAACUUUCUAUUGUGCAUUUAGAGUACGAUUUUUUGUGAUUUAUUUCCGUUCCAUUUAUUUAACGCCUACUACUUCGAAAUAAGUACCUCCCUAUGAAAAUAAUGAACAAAAUAACUGCAAUCAUAAGUGCAUUUAUAUAAUUUCAUUUAAGCAUCUGUCUUCCACUAUUUUUUAACGCCUACAUAUAUGUUAGCUUAAUAAAUAUAAUUUAUUAUAUUAUGCGUUAUGUUAACUCAUUACUAAAACCUGAGGUAAAUAAUUUACUUUAAAUGAAAUUCUUAAUUACCUACACCGGAAGCUUGUUGUAACUAUAGUUUUAAAACUUGGAUACAUCGGCUGUUUAAAAUAUCAAUAUUACCAACUCUAGUCAUUUUCUUAGUAUUUAAGUUUGUUACUUAUAAACUCUUACAGUCAUUUCAAAAUUGGUUGUUUUUUACUUUUUUAUAGGUUAAUAAAAUUUGUAAAUAUUUG